AAAACUUUUCAUAGCAUUUUUUUUUUUUUAAAUGGGCCCUAAAAACAAAAAUGAAACUGGUAGCCAAUAACGAUUACCUGUCUCUCUCAAAAUUUUCUAGAGAGAGAAAGGAGUCAAGAAUUCCUUACUUCGAUCUCUUUGCAGAUAGGAAGGGGCAAAAUAAAAAUUAAUCUCGAUAAUCCAGUAUCUCAAUCGACGAUUUGAGACAGAGUACUGCAAAUAUAAACAUGGAUCAGGUACUGAACAAGGUCGGAUCUUUUUGGUUGGGACAGAAGGCCAACAAGGAGCUCAAUUCCGUCGGCGACGAUAUCAAUUCAUUGUCAACGAGUAUUGAAGGAGGAGCCAAAUGGAUAGUCAACAAAAUAAAAGGAAAAAUGCAAAAGCCAUUGCCAGAAUUGCUCAAGGAGUAUGACUUGGCAGUAGGAAUCUUCCCUAAAGAUGCUACAAAUUAUGAGUUUAAUGAGGAGACUGGGAAGCUUACUGUAUUUAUUCCUGAAGUCUGUGAAGUGGGUUACAAGGAUUCAUCCGUGUUGCGUUUUAACACCAUAGUAUCUGGGUAUUUGGAGAAAGGGAAACUAGCUGAUAUAGAGGGGAUGAAGACCAAGGUGAUGAUUUGGGUUAAAGUGACUUGUAUCAGUUCUGAUGGACCGAAACUCCAUUUCACAGCUGGGAUGAAGAAAACCAGGAAAAGAGAGGCGUAUGAGGUCCUUAGAGACGGAGUGAAUGUAGACAAGUUCUGAAGUGGUAAAAAGUAAAAUGCUUUGUAGGCAUAAUAUUGUUGUGAAUAACGCCCUUGAUCUGUUAUUGCAUAUGGACUCUUGUGCAAGCCUUCCUCAUUUUAUGGGUAAAAUGAAUUGUUAAUUGUAUUUUGUGUGUUCCAUCUGGAGUCUGGAUAUGGUAAUGAUCUAGUGAAAUUUCAUUUAUUCUAGAUUAAUUUUAAA